AUAUAAAUCUAACAUCUCUGGUUUUGCAGUCAUAGACCUUGCAAAUCAUUAACAAUAUGAAGAAGUCGUGUGGCUUGAGAGGUUACUACCUUUGUGUAAUCAAUAUGUUCAUGUUGCUUUUGGUAGCAAGGUCCCAACUGACAUCAGAUUUCUAUAGCUCAUCAUGUCCUAACCUUUCAAAAAUAGUAAGAAGAGAGGUUCAAAAAGCUCUCAUGAAUGAGAUGCGAAUGGCUGCUUCUUUGCUUCGCCUUCACUUUCAUGAUUGCUUUGUCAACGGCUGUGAUGGAUCAAUACUACUAGAUGGUGGUGGUGAUGCAGAGAAGUCUGCUAUUCCUAAUCUGAACUCUGUUAGAGGAUAUGAGGUUGUAGAUACAAUCAAAAGUUCAGUGGAGAGUGCAUGCAGUGGGGUCGUCUCCUGUGCGGAUAUAUUAGCCAUCGCUGCCAGAGAUUCUGUGCUCCUAAGUGGUGGACCUUCUUGGAAGGUUUUGCUAGGACGAAGAGAUGGCAAGGUAUCAAACGGAACCCUGGCAAAUAGUGCUCUUCCUGCGCCAUUUGAUCCAUUGGAUACCAUCAUUGCAAAGUUUAAUGAUGCAGGCCUUAAUCUCACAGAUGUUGUUUCUUUAUCAGGUGCCCAUACCAUUGGCCGAGCAAGGUGUACUUUUUUUAGCAAUAGAUUGUCCAACUUCUCAGGAACAGGUGCACCAGACACCACACUAGACACUGCCAUGCUCUCUGAUCUGCAAAGUUUGUGUCAAAAUGGAGAUGGAAACGCAACUGCAGUUCUUGAUAGAAACUCAUCAGAUCUAUUUGACAACCACUACUUCAAGAACUUGGCCAGUGGAAAGGGGCUUCUCAGUUCUGACCAGAUUCUAUUUUCUAGUAAUGAGGCUAAUUCAACCUCUAAACCUUUGGUGGAAAGCUAUAUCAACAAUAGUGGCCUCUUCUUCGUGGACUUUGUCAAUUCUAUGAUCAAAAUGGGGAACAUAAAUCCAAAGACUGGGUCCGAUGGAGAGAUUAGGAAGAACUGCAGAGUGAUAAAUUCCUAGGGAUAUGAAUCUGGCUUUCAAUAUAUAUAUGUAUGUAUGUAAUUAAUAAGCAGAAAAACAAGUGUUUUCUAGUUAUAUUAGGUAACUACGGUUAUGGUUGUUUGUUCUUGUUUUAUUGGGUUAAGUUACUAGAAAUGGAAUUUCAAAAUAUGCUUUUCAGGUCCACGCAGUGAAAAUGAGAACCUAAACCCAACAGGAGACAAAUUAUGAUAACAGGAUUUAAACCAUAACCUCUCACUUUCU